UAUAUCUCAUUUUCCGUGCAGAAACUCAUAGUAACAAAAAAUCCUUUUAGCAGGAGUUUCUCUGUGGAAGUCGCAGCUUGGUUUCUUGGGAUUGUUUGCUACACAAUUCAGGAGGUCGAGGUUGAAAAUGGCGGAGUAUAUAGUGAAGGUUGAAGAAGGACGGCCGGCCACCGUCGACGGAAUGCCAUCGGCGGGGCCUGUUUAUAGGUGCAUUUAUGCUAAAGAUGGUCUCUUGGAGAUACCGGCGGGAAUGGAAUCUCCCUGGGACUUUUUCAGUGAGUCCGUUACCAAGAAUGCCAAGAAUCGAAUGCUUGGUCGCCGGCAAGUCACCGACGGCAAGGCUGGUUCUUACGCGUGGCUGAACUAUGAAGAGGUAUACAGCACCACUCUUAAAAUUGGUUCCGCCAUCCGCCGCCGUGGUGUCAAUCCUGGAGAUCGCUGUGGCAUAUAUGGGGCUAACUGCCCCGAAUGGAUUACGGCAAUGCAGGCUUGCAGCAGCCAAGCCAUCACAUACGUGCCACUAUAUGAUACCCUUGGUCCAAAUGCAGUGGAGUUCAUCAUCAACCAUGCCGAAGUUUCGAUAGCUUUUGUUCAAGAAAGCAAGAUGCCAGCAAUAUUGAAAUGCCUUGCAAGGUGUAACUCACAUCUAAAAACCAUUGUCAGCUUUGGAAAGAUCUCCAGCAGGCAAAAGGAAGAAGCUGAGGAACUUAACGUGACAUGCUUUUCUUGGGACGAAUUUGCUCUGCUGGGCUUUUCGGAUCAUGAUCUGCCCCCCAAGCAAAAGACAAACAUAUGCACGAUAAUGUAUACAAGUGGAACAACAGGAGAACCAAAAGGAGUCAUCCUAAAUAAUGGGGCCAUCAUUGCAGAAGUAUUAUCUAUCCAUCAACUACUUAUGGAAACAGAUAAAGUGGGUACAGAAGAUGACACAUAUUUCUCAUUUCUACCAUUAGCACACAUAUAUGAUCAGAUCAUUGAGACCUAUUGCAUAUACAGGGGUUGUUCAAUAGGAUUCUGGCAAGGAGAUAUCAGAUACUUGAUUGAUGAUCUUUUGGAAUUAAAGCCUACGAUGUUUUCUGGAGUUCCUAGAGUCUAUGACAGAAUAUACACUGGUAUAAUGGAAAAGAUUUCAGCUGGAGGUACAAUAAGGAAGAUAUUAUUUGAUUUUGCAUACGACUACAAAUUGAAGAAUUUGCAAAAAGGACUUAGACAAGAUGAAGCUGCUCCUCUCCUGGACAAGUUGGUCUUUGAUAAGAUCAAACAAGGGUUUGGUGGAAAAGUUCGUAUUAUGUUCUCCGGUGCUGCACCAUUGCCUAAGCAUGUGGAAGAAUUCUUGAGGGUGACAUGCUGCUGCGUCUUGUCACAAGGAUAUGGCCUCACUGAAAGUUGUAGUGGUUGUUUCACAUCCAUAACCAAUGUAAUGUCUAUGAUGGGAACUGUUGGUGUCCCAAUUACAACCAUUGAGGCAAGGCUUGAAUCAGUGCCCGAGUUGGGAUACGAUGCUCUUGCGGAUGUACCACGUGGAGAAAUUUGUCUUAGAGGAAAAACUUUGUUUUCUGGAUAUCAUAAGCGGCAAGACCUUACCAGUGAUGUACUUGUGGAUGGAUGGUUUCAUACUGGAGAUAUUGGGGAGUUGCAGCACAAUGGAACAAUGAAAAUAAUUGACAGGAAAAAAAACAUUUUCAAGUUGUCUCAAGGUGAAUAUGUUGCCGUGGAAAGUCUUGAAAGCACAUACUCUCGUUGCCCCCUUGUGACUUCUAUUUGGGUCUACGGGAACAGCUUUGAGUCCUUCCUGGUGGCUGUGGUGGUACCAGAGAGAAAAGCACUUGAAGAUUGGGCAGUACAACAUCUUCAAGAUGGAGACUUCAAAUCCCUCUGCAAUAGUAUAAAGGCGAGGAAAUAUGUUUUAGAUGAACUUAACAACACAGCUAAGAAACACCAACUUCGAGGAUUUGAAAUGUUAAAAGCAGUCCAUUUGGAACCCGUUCCUUUUGAUUUUGAGAGGGAUCUCAUUACUCCAACAUUCAAACUUAAAAGGCCACAACUGCUCAAGCACUAUAAGGAUCGCAUUGAUCAGCUAUACAGCGAAGGAAAGGGAUCAAAAGUGUAGCAGCAUAUUCUCACCAGCAGUGAGCUGCGGGAAUUUCUGUUUUUGUGAUUGAUAGAAAGCUUCUGCUCUUGAGAGUUUUGAUCAGCAUUAUUAGCGAAGAAGUUGUUAUAGCAGCUUCAAGCACUUGUCUUUCUUUUCUCCGGAAGGGGGAAAAAUGAUGAAUGCAAUGUAUCUAUCUUGCACAGGCCAAUAUCCAGCGUGAUAGGAGAAAAGCCUGUUUGGGUACUGUAUAAUUUGGCUACUUGUCAGUGGCACAAUUCACUCUCCUUCGUUCUAGCAAUUUCUAACCAUCAUUUUGCCAACAA